CGCGCGCGGCUGAGGCGAUGCCGGGAAGCGGCGCGCUGAAGAAGCGCGGCUCUGCCGCCGGGUCGGCGCCCGCCGAGGCGCUGGAGAAGAUGCUGCAGCCGGCGGGGCAGGAGAACGGCGUGGUCGGGCCCGGGGGAGCCGGGAAGGAGGGGGUGGCCCUGCAGCGCUCCAUCACGCUGCUCAACGGCGUGGCCAUCAUCAUCGGCACCAUCAUCGGCUCGGGCAUCUUCGUGAGCCCCACGGGCGUGCUGAAGGAGGCCGGCUCGCCCGGGCUGGCGCUCGUGGUGUGGGCGGUGUGCGGCGCCUUCUCCAUCGUGGGCGCGCUGUGCUACGCUGAGCUGGGCACCACCAUCACCAAGUCCGGCGGCGACUAUGCCUACAUGCUGGAGGUCUAUGGCUCGCUGCCCGCCUUCCUCAAGCUCUGGAUCGAGCUGCUCAUCAUCCGGCCCUCCUCGCAGUACAUCGUGGCCCUGGUCUUCGCCACCUACCUGCUCAAGCCGCUCUUCCCCACCUGCCCGGUGCCCGAGGGGGCUGCCAAGCUGGUGGCCUGCCUCUGUGUCUUGCUGCUCACAGCAGUGAACUGUUACAGUGUGAAAGCUGCCACUCGCGUCCAGGAUGCCUUUGCAGCAGCCAAGUUGGGGGCGCUUGCCUUGAUCAUCAUCCUUGGCUUCGUUCAGCUGGGGAAGGGUAACGUGUCCAGCCUGAGACCUGAACACGCCUUCGAAGGCACCAAAGUAGAUGUGGGGAACAUCGUUUUGGCUUUGUACAGCGGCCUCUUUGCCUACGGAGGCUGGAAUUACUUGAAUUUUGUCACUGAGGAGAUGAUAAACCCCUACAGAAACCUGCCAUUGGCCAUCAUCAUUUCACUGCCUGUAGUCACCCUGGUUUACGUAUUGACAAACUUGGCUUACUUCACUACACUGUCAACAGAGCAAAUGCUGACGUCAGAAGCCGUGGCUGUGGACUUCGGAAACUAUCACCUCGGUAUGAUGUCCUGGAUCAUACCUGUCUUCGUUGGCUUGUCGUGUUUUGGAUCUGUCAAUGGAUCCCUCUUUACUUCUUCCCGGCUGUUCUUCGUGGGAUCCCGGGAGGGCCACCUGCCCUCCAUCCUGUCCAUGAUCCAUCCCAGGCUUCUCACUCCAGUGCCUUCUCUCAUCUUCACAUGUAUUAUGACCCUGAUGUAUGCCUUCUCCAAGGAUAUCUUCUCCGUCAUCAACUUCUUUAGCUUCUUCAACUGGCUCUGCGUGGCUCUGGCAAUCAUCGGCAUGAUGUGGCUCCGCUAUAAAAAGCCAGAGCUGGAGAGACCCAUUAAGGUUAAUGUGUUACUGCCCAUUUUCUUCAUCCUGGCUUGCUUGUUCCUCAUUGUGGUCUCCUUCUGGAUGACGCCGGUGGAAUGUGCGACUGGUUUCGUCAUCAUCCUCAGCGGGCUCCCUGUUUACUACUUUGGUGUCUGGUGGCAAAACAAACCCAAGUGGAUCCUUCAGGGCAUCUUUUCCACAACAGUCCUGUGCCAGAAGCUGAUGGAAGUGGUUCCACAACAGUCUUAAACAAAGCCAGCAUGGACACUCGGUUUGAGAAAACGCACAAUGCUGUUUGAGAACGACACAAAAGAAAAGGCAUCUGAUGCUGCUUCAAUGAAACCUAGAGCACCUUGGCAGAGCUGCUGUGUCCCUGAGGCCCCACCACUCGCUCUGCCUGUCCCCUCUUCUUCUCCCCCAUCACCACCCCCAGGCCAGGCAGCAUGUUGGAGAAGAGUUCUUGGUACAAUUUUAGUCCAGGAUGAGGAGUUUCUGCUGGUCACCUCCAGAGACUGCAGCUCAUUCACUAACAGUGAAUCUCAUCAGAUUCUGUGUUUGUGUGUGUGUUUGUGUGCGUGUGCAUGUGAGACUGAGGGCUCAACUUCAGUUCUGUUCACUGUUAUUUAGUAUCUUUAUUUUUGGGAGUUUUGGGGUUGGUUUUUUUUUUAUAAUUUAAGAUUAGCGACUUAAUUUCUUCGUCACAGAUACUGCAAGUGCAUCUGCUGAUGUAAUGGAAACAAUUCCUAACGUUGCCAUCCGUAUGUGUCUGCCUCCUAAGGGACUGGGAUUACACACUGCUGCAUAGCUACAGUCCUCCAAGUCGGGCUUGUUGAACUGCAAUGAGCUGCGCUGACCUGCCUGCCAAGGUGACGUUCUUGGAAGACGUAGGCACCAGCAGACAAACCAAAUGAACCAAAAUAGGCGUGACACUGAUUUUAAACGAGGAUCUGCACUGAUUUCAGCCGAGUCCCUGCCCCAUCUCUCUGUUGCCCCAACUCAGAUGGAAAUUUUAUUUUUUAGACAUUCAUUUUAGUGAUUAAUUAAACUGUAAAUCACUGGGCAUACAUUUCCCCCCCCCUCCCCCGAGGACUCCAGGUGCUGGUGCUCUUUAUGGACCAUCUCUUUAUAGAGAUGUUUGCAAAGCAAAGAUCAUUCAACAGGCUUUAGCUGUUUUGGCAUCUGCUCACACUCACAAAAAUAUAUUCUCUUGGACACUUUGGAGUCUGCCAGAAAAGGCCUUUGGGCAGCAAUUUGCAAAAGGCUAGGCAGAGCAGAAUUAGCAUCAUGGAGAGGACAGGGUAUGUGCACGUGUAUAUUGAUUUUCAUUCUAGUGCCGAGAUUGCUGGAUCAUGCUCAGUUGCCUGGUUUUCUACCCUUUAAUCCUACCCCUCUCUCUGUUAUUGGGCCAGUAUUCUAGGCCACUUUUGUAGUUGCACUAGUCCUAUUGUUGCCUGUGGAUACAUUUUAUUUUGGACUCCUGUCAUUUACCCCUGUAAAAUUAGUAUUAGGGAACAAGGUGGGUCCUGAGGACAGGGCUCCAUGCAAUAAAGCUGAGAAAUCCCAAAGGCUUACUGAAAAAUGAUCAGAAGCCUGAGUCAUGGGAAGGCUGCAUUUUUCUGAAGUCUGUCUGCAGUCAGGCUCAGUGCCAUCCUUUCAAGUGUCCCUGUUUAGCAUUCAUCGUAACUGAUGUUUGAUCUGAAACCAUUCAUAAAGGGAAUGCUUAAAAUGGGUGCUCGCAGCUCACCCCCUGCCACUGCCGAGGAUUGCGUGUCACUGUAUGGAUCACGUGAUGGGUUUUUUAAAUUAAGGCAAUAUUCACUUUGGAUCUUUUUGAUGACCACGUGGUGGACAUGGCAAUGAGUAGGUCUGGUGCAGAGGGAAACACAAGGGUCUCCACAUGGCUGGAGUCCGUUGUUACCCAUUUGUCAUAUGUCUGGUGAACGUUACUUUUCCUUCACCAUUCGUAGAAGCAGCAGGCUGGAAAAAUGCUCCUCCUUCCUGUAACACUGCAACACCAGACUCAACACAGCUGGCGUUGGAUCCUUUCUAAUGACACUUAGCUGGUUCCCAACUAGGAUCUGCAUGUGAAUACCUGGAUGCUUUUUGGGUGACUCCAGGGAGCUGGCAUUUCCAUUCCAGUCCAUCUUCAACAUAGUCUCAUGCCUCCAUAGAGGGCAAUGCAACCUGCUGUGUGCAUGUAGUCAGGGUCAUUCUCUUAGGAAACAUAUAGCUUACUUAGCCAAAAAUCUGUCUGUCUUAGCAGACUACAGGGUUUCCGUACUUAAGUACAAUCAUCCAAACGCUCUGUGUUUGUGGCAAUGUUCUCUUUGAAACCAAAACAUAUUUUCCUUACAAAGAGAGCUACGCCAUUGCUUACAGGAAUCUCCUUUAUGCUUUCGUCCUGCCACUCCCUGCACUAGGAAAAAGGGUAAUUCAACUUUUGCCCUGCAGUAUUGUUUUGUUGGCGCUUUUUUUUUGUAAACCCAGAUGCUUUGAAGUAGCGACCCUGUAGAGUUAGUGGCUGUCUGUUUUAUAUUGAGAUGUUUUGCCAGCACAGGGGAUUUUUGGAAGGAGAAGCAAUAAGCAGGCGGAGGAUGCACUGGCCUUUUGUGAAGCAAUUUAGUAGGGGGAGUUGGUAGCAAUUCCAAACAGCAGCGAACACUGCUGGCAGGUGUGGUGGGAGAAAAUAGCCAAUAGUCGUAGUAAAACCAAGAAGUUAAAAUGUGCAGCUCUGUCAUUUUCAUUAAGAAGAAAACCUGAAAGCUUUAUUCUUAGAAAAUAUUUUGGGGAGUGGAUGGCACCUUUGUCGUGUUACCCUCUCACUUCCAGGGCACCCUAUUUUCCAUCCAGCCUGGGUUGCUGGUGAACCAGGGGGUGCACUGAUCCUGCACAAUAUGGAGCAGGAAGAGUGUUGCCUUGCGUGGUGUAGGCAUACCCAAAGUUGUAGCCAUCCCAUGGCUGUCUUAGGACCUAUGUGCAUCCAGAUGGUGGUCCUUAGAUCCAUUUUUAGUGGACAGGCAUGUACACAGAUAAUCCCAUGGGCUGUGCCUUUCCUCUGAAGUACGAAUCCUUCCCAAGUCCAGGUUGAGCCGCUUUGGCUAGGUAGCAAGGAGAAGCUUGCCCUGCCAUCAAUAGGCUGUGCUUAUCCUGUGGAUAUGAGACCCCUCGGUCUGUCAGACACCUUCCUCUAGUGCUGCAUUUUCUUUUUGAUGUUCUCAGGGCCAGUCGUAUAUGGGACCUGGUUUUAAUUCCUUGACAUAGCUUCUGGCUGUUUUUAGUUUUGAGUGUUGUGUAGACUACUGCAGAAAUAGCUGGGAUGGGAGGAGGCAUGGAGGGGGAAACGGGAUUUUCCUCCCUCACCCGUUCCAAGCUAUGCUAAAUGGAUAGCUGGUCCCAACAGAUGUGGAUCCAGACAAAGUUUGGGGGACGUUUUGUUUACAUGGGUCAAGAAUAGAGGAAAAAAUGAAUCGUCUUUUGUUUAGCCUUUAAAAUCUAUUUAAAAAUGGGAACGCACACUGAAUAGUACCUCAACAAAAAUAAUCUUAGUUAAAACAUUGACCUGGCUUGCCAUUUCUUAAUAACUUCUCUUCAUUAGUUCUACCAGCUGCUAAAGAUGUCCGUCUUGUAUCUGUCUGUCUGGUCCUGUGAUGAAACCAUAGCCCCCCGCUGUGAUGUCACCUUUGUUUCCAUGGCAAUGAUUCUGUCAUAGGAUAAAACUUCUCACCACAGGACCAUGCAGACGGUGAAUUUGGUGAGCCCAGGUGAAGAUCUCGUAAGCUGUAGCACCUUCAAAAUGCAGCUUGUCUUUCAGGGUCCUGAUUUACUGUCUCUGAUGGGCAUGUCAGGCGGUUCCCGUCACCCAGAGGCGAGCAGCCCAGACAGAUAUUUCUUGGGGGGGGGGAAUGGGUGGAGGGGUGGAGUUGAAUGAGCUUCAUUUGGGAAGGGGGGGAAAAAACUUAAAGCAAUGUCUGCAAAGAGAUGAACUUGCUGUUACGGGUAUUGAGGCCCUGAAUAGCAUCUGUUGCUCAAUGCUAAGGUUCAUGACUAUCAGCCAAAGGCAUGAGCAUGAGCUAGUAUAGCCCCAGGCUGGGUCUGUUAAACUGAGGCUCGGUGUGAAGAGAGUGAUAUCCAAGUGAAAGGUCUUUGCUGCUUUGCUGAUGAAACACAAGGUGAGAUGUGUCAUUGGUGUGGGGGCACAAGUUCCUGAAGGUGGGUCGGUGCCAACAUCUUUCCCAGAACCGGGUGGGUGUUUUCCACAAUCAGUCAUCCUGAUUUAUGCUUGAGAUGAGCCAAAGGACUGCUCAUCUUCUCUUCCCUGCGCCCCCACACACUUAUAAAUAAAACCACUGUUCCUUGUAAAAUACUGA